GUUUCCAUGUUCUCGUCUCAUUAGCCCAAUUCCUAUCUUGGCCUACCAAUUUCCAUACUUUGUUCUAGGCCUCGGCCUAAGCCCUAGGCCUACGUUUUACAUUAGAGAUCACAUUUCUUCCCCAUCCUCAAUCAUAGUGCCCAUACCUACACCAAUUCUCGUUCCUGCGGGGCUUGGAGGCACGGACCGCACACGGAGCUCUAGAUGUGCAAUACCCUCCUCAAGCACCAUGUCCGAAGUGGCUAUUCAAAAGGAAUACUUCAAGGAGAUGGUUCAGGAAUUGGAACAGGAAAUGAAGUGGCUGAAGGAUGAAGUCCAGAUGACCUUGAAUUUAAUGGCCUGUCCUCUGGCCCAGAUAUCCCUGAAAAUGGAAGGCAUUCAUGCUCAACACAUAGUGGAACUGGUCCAGACCAGCAUAGGGAAGUCAGAGAAAAAAAUGGAAGCACUCCUAUCAUGCUUGGAUAAAGAGGUUGGCCAACUUACUGAACAGAGGGAUUCCCUCUUGGCUGAAUGCAAGAAGCAAUAUCACUGGAUUGAGAAGAUGCAAGAAUGCCUUCAGCUUUUUGGGUUAGAACUGGAGUCACUGAAACCUCUUCCCUCUUCAAUGAAUCGCAUUGACAUAGGGGCUCUCCUACUGUUCAAACAGUCCCAUCUGUUUGAGCCAGAGGAACAGGAAGACCUUGCAAAAGAUGAAAAGAAAGGAAAGGAGGAUGACAAGGAAGUGACAGAGCUAGAAAGCAAAUGUUUUGGAACCAUAGGCAUCUCCUGUAGCAUAACACCUAAGGAAAUACUUGGUACUCCUGAGGAACCUGACUUGCCAAAAUUUUUUAAAAUCAAGACAGGGAGUAUAUCAGGUACUCCAAAAUCACCUGAGCUGACAGCUAAUGCUUGUACUAAUCAGAAUAGCACUUUGGGUGCCAUCACAGGUGCCAAAUUAACUCCUGAUGAGCCUGUGAUUUCCCAGAUUUUCAAGCAAGAGUCAGAUCCAAGGACUCCUAAGUCACCCAAGAUCACUCAGCCUCACAUUUCUCGUGUUACUGAUCCAAAGUCCUUCUUGAUCUGCUCCAUGAGGGCACCUGAUGGUUCUCCACCACCAUUGGAUCGCCUGACUCAGCUUCAGGAUGCUGUCAAUUUGCAAGCGGACAAUCUCUGCAAUAGUAUCGGAGUCUUGCAACAACAUGCAACGCCAACUCCCUUUCCCGGUUUCGAUAGGGGUGGGAAGACUCCCAUGGAUCAUCAGGCUGCUGAAGAUUAUGCCCAGCUAUUUGCGACUCUUAUUGCCAGAACCGCCAAAGACAUUGAUGUGCUAAUUGAUUCUCUGCCAAGUGAAGAUCUCAGUGGGGAGUUGCAGGCCAGUAGUCUCAGGAUAUUGGAACAAGAGAAUCAAGAAGCUGCAAGACAGCUCUCAGAAGUGGUGAGGAAAGGAGAAGCAACCCUGGCCCAGAUUCAGGGUGCACUUCAUGAUAUUGCCCAGAGUCAGCUAGAAAUGCAAAAACUUCUCUCUCAGACAGAAAAAUGAUGUUUGCAUUUUUCACAAACUGAAUCACCUGUGAUGGAAGGGUGAAAUCUCAUUCUGCUUUUAUGGGUAAGGCAAUGAAAAUCGAGCCUGUUGAAUUUGGAACAGGAACAAGUCUUCAAACACAGUCAAGCUUUACAGGCCAUUUCAAAAUACUUUAUAGCUGGUACAUAAGGCCAUUCAUUUCUGCAAUCUCCAGAAUGAGUGAUCACCUUGUACCAAACUCCUUCAUGGAGACCAGUUAGGAAUCUGUUAUUGGGACCCAAGUAAAGGGUUGCUUUUGCAGGCCAGAUUAGGAAGGGUCGAUUUUCAUGCACUUACCCUACAUUUACAAGAAAUGAGAUGUACAGAUGUACGAUUGAGAUCAUUUUUUUAUUCUGUAUAAAAAGAGUUCUGAAAAAUACCAG